CCCAACUGAUGUGUGAUUAAAAACUGGAAGACAGCCGGAGGACGAGGGGCUAUUUUGUUUAUGAAAAAAAAAAGAAAAAAAAAAAGACCAGGAACUAGGCGGUUCUCGCCGUUAGCAACAAACGCAGUUGGUAAUGUCUUUAAAGUCGUGUUUUUACCGAAGGAGACAGUGACAAAAGCCCGUUUGAAAGCCCACAAAGGCUGCUUUUUUAUUUUGUGUCGAAAGGCGGGUAAUACAAAGCGUCGUGCGGCCAAAUCAUCUACAAUUUGCACAGGAUUAUUGUUAAAACCAGUUUGUGCAGCUGUGACUGGUCAGCGACAGUACAUGGAUUACCUGUGUUUUCGGGCACUAUGCUGUAAAGGACCCCCACCGCCAAGACCAGAGUAUGAUGUGGUGUGCAUUGGCUUGACAGGUGCUGGAAAGACCAGCUUGCUGUCACGCCUUUGUAGCGAGGGCACUGAUGGCAUUGUUCCUACCACAGGUUUUAGCAUCAAAGCAGUGCCAUUUCCCAAUGCCAUCUUGAACGUAAAGGAACUUGGAGGAGCCGACAACAUCAAGAAAUACUGGAGUCGUUACUACCAGGGUUCACAGGGUGUAGUCUUCAUUUUGGACAGUGCCUCGUCAGAUGAGGACCUCGAGGCAGCACGUAACGAGCUCCACUCAGCCUUGCAACACCCACAGCUCUGCACUUUGCCUUUCCUAAUCCUUGCCAAUCACCAAGACAAACCUGCUGCAAGAACGCCAAAUCAGAUCAAGAAGUACUUUGAGCUGGAGCCGCUGGCCCGGGGGAAACGCUGGAUCCUGGAGGGUAGCACCACUGACAACAUGGGGGCAGUGAAAGAGAGCUUCAGUCAGUUCAUUGGCCUGUUGGAGGACAAGGACACAGAGCCUGCGAGGAUAUGAAGCUGAUACUGCUAAUGCUAACAGUCAUUAGCGGCUAGUGCACAGUGCAACCUGCUGUUGCCCAUGUACACACAUUCACGCACAGACGUGCGCCCACACACACACACACACACGCCAAUACAGCAGAUAAUAGCCCCUGUCGGGGGCAUUUUGUACAUUAUCCCCCCCCCCUGCUUUCAUUGGUUUUAAAAUGCAAAGUGUGCACACAGGUAACAGACAUCUGCUACAUGCUGGCAGAGCAGAGCCGCUGCCCAGCCAAUGAAAUGCAGUUUGUCAGGGCAAAGGAAAAAAAAAAACAAUUGAACUUUCCCCGAAAUGGAAGUCCUGUUUACUGCCUGUGCCAUUAUGAUAAAACAAAUGGCGACUGGGAUGAUGGCAUUCCUCAAGUCAUUAUUUGACAUACACACUUUUACACAGACUCGCACACACUUGCACAAACUGCAGCCCAGGUGGUCUGCAGAUAUGUUUAACAUUGCUACUGAUUACUUUACCGG